AUGAGCAGUGGAUCUGAGAGUGAUUACGCAAAGUAUUGGAUCGACUGGUUCUUGAGUACAAAAGGAAACGAGUAUUAUUGUGAGAUUGAUGAAGAGUAUAUCUUGGAUCGUUUCAAUUUGACAGGACUCAAUGUUGAAGUACAACAAUAUUAUGCAGAAGCACUGGAUAUGAUUACUGAUAAUUUAGAUGAAGAAAGAUAUGAUGAAAAGGCUAGGGAUCAAAUUGAAAGAGCAGCUCGUCAUUUGUAUGGUUUGAUUCAUGCUCGCUUUGUGAUCACCACUCGCGGUAUAGCAAAGAUGCUUGACAAGUAUAAAAAGGCUGAAUUUGGUAGAUGUCCCCGUGUGCUUUGUAAUCUUCAACCACUUUUACCUUUAGGUUUGUCUGAUAUUCCUGUGACUAAGACUGUAAAGCUAUACUGUCCUCGCUGUGAGGAUAUUUACAAUCCCAAGUCUUCUCGCCAUGCAUCUAUUGAUGGUGCUUAUUUUGGUACAUCUUUCCCUCAUAUGUUAUUCCAAGCUCAUCCCAACUAUCUGCCUACUAAAUCUACUGAACGAUAUGAGCCUCGUAUAUUUGGUUUUAAGAUUCAUCAAAUUGCUGAACAACAUAGAUGGCAAGACCGUGCUCGUGAAGAGUACGAAAAGAAAUUAAAGCAGCAAGAAGCAACAGCAGAUUUGGCAUAA